UUGGUGACGUCACCGCGAGUGCGAGAAGUCGAAGUCGAAGUGAAGAGCAGAAAGCAGUGUUAAUGUUAGUUCUGGCCCGUUUGGACCCAAACUAAAGUGUAUCAGUAUGAAGCAGGCGGUGACGGCGCAGUGGUUCACUCUCGGAGCUCGGUUCACUAAUGACCGAAUCACCGAGGAACCGACUAAAGAUAACUCGUACCCGCACGGAGAAGAAGAACAAGACGAGAAGUCUGACUGAUAAGAUGCGCACGACUUUAACAUCAUGAAGGACCUUUCCACUCACACCAGACUGACCCCAGAACAGUGGGUGAACCGCCUCAACAGAUUCAUCAACAACAUGAGCAGGAAUGCCACUGUUCAGACUACACUCAGCACAUGGGGUCUAAGCUUUGAGAACAAGCUGCUGAAUCUGACUGGAAGAGUUCUUCCUGCUGAGAGGAUCCUACAGGGAGCGAGAGCAUACGAGAACAACCCAUGUGACGCGGAUUGGUCUAAAGAGAUGCGAGGUCUUCCUCUGAUGACCAGCAUGCCUCUGGAGAUCUGGGUGCUGUCCCAUACGCGCCGUAACGCUGACGUCACUCACUCACUGCUGCAGACCCUCAACAAAGUGCCCGUGGGCAUCCACCUUCAGAGGCCGGGAAUGAUGGAGUACGAUGAUCGACAGGAGGCUCUGCAGCACAGAGCGGUGCAACAGGUUCAGAUGAGGGCCGGCGCACACAAGAAGGAAAUCGCUCCUUCUCCAACUGCCGCACCGGCACGACGUGGGCAGCUUCCUGCCGAACAUUCCGCCAGCCGGAAGGACCGCCGCGGCAGGGCGGGACUGACGCGACUCCGGCCAGCGAUUGGCGGAUCCAACGGGGAAGCCCCACCACUCAGGCGACAGCGGAGGAGGAUAAAAGGGCGCGCUUCCAGCCGGGAAGGGGAGGAGAAUAUCGUAGCGUCAAGACGGACUCCGAGGUACAAGCGCGGACGAGACUGCCGGAUAGUGAGAGUCACACAUACGGAGGACGCCGGCCCGGGAAAACCCCCGCCCCGCCUCGGGAAUCCCGCCUCCGCCAUGAGUAGACGCCGCCGGCCGUCACGACUCCACCAAACCCCGCACUCAUCCACUUAUAACCCAUUCGCCUCACCCUAGCCACAAUAAACCGCCGUUUGCGAACAUCCUUCUGUCUCCUGUGGGUCUGUACGCCGCCCUUCCCCGGGCU